GAAAAGGAGCCAGGCUCCGCCUCCUCCCCCCUCCUGUACGUGUUAGAAAGGAGAUAGCUUGAGGAGAGCCGACAGCUUCACUGCACCGAACGCACACUAGUGCUGCAUACUCCAGGGAGAUCAGUCAACGCAGAACGUUCUCCAGCUGAAGAACCCAAAACCAACCCUGACUGGAGCAAGAACCCGUCCUGCAUCCACUGCAGUUUAAAUGUUGUUUAAGAGCACUCUGCACUCUGAGUUUAGCCCAUCGUCCGCAGUCUCAGCACUACAGCAUCCUCUCCAUUCGGCCCGGCUGUAAACAUGGGCAGGCAAAGCCACGAUGCCACAUCCACCACGGGCACAGGUGCAGGCAGCACCGGCGGCCGCAUGCAGCGCUCCCAGAGCCGAAUGAGUCUGUCGGCUUCGUUCGAAGCGCUGGCUGUCUACUUCCCCUGCAUGAAUUCUUUCGAUGAGGAGGAUGGAGAAGCAGGAGGAAAGAAGCUGCGCAGCACUAUCCAGAGGAGCACAGAGACGGGACUGGCCGUAGAGAUGAGAAGCAGAAUGACCCGGCAGGCCAGCCGCGAAUCCACUGACGGCAGCAUGAACAGUUACAGCUCAGAGGGAAACCUCAUUUUCCCUGGAGUGAGACUCUCUUCUGACAGUCAGUUUAGUGAUUUCCUGGAUGGACUUGGCCCCGCCCAGCUUGUGGGGAGACAGACAUUAGCCACGCCUCCUAUGGGUGACAUUCAGAUCGGGAUGGUGGAAAAGAAAGGAGCCCUAGAGGUAGAGGUCAUCCGAGCCAGAGGCCUUGUGGGAAAACCAGGUUCUAAGGCACUGCCAGCCCCUUACGUAAAGGUGUAUCUACUGGAGAACGGCGCCUGCAUAGCCAAAAAGAAAACAAAAGUAGCACGAAAAACACUGGACCCUCUUUACCAGCAGCAGCUGUCGUUUGAAGAGGCCCCAGGAGGAAAGGUUUUACAGAUCAUUGUGUGGGGAGACUAUGGACGUAUGGACCACAAAUCCUUCAUGGGAGCCGCUCAGAUACUUUUAGAUGAUCUGGACAUGUCCAACAUGGUUAUUGGCUGGUUCAAGCUUUUUCCUCCCUCUUCAUUGGUCGACCCAACCUUGGCCCCGUUGACCAGAAGAGCUUCCCAGUCAUCUCUCGACAGCGGGUCUGGGCCGUUUGGACGCUCGUAGCAGUUUCCUGAAAUCUAGCGUUAUUGUAGCAGCCAAUGGGUGGAGUUUGAGAUUUGCGACAGGUCCCUUCCCCCCGGUAACACUGCAUGCUUGAUGUUGUGUGUUCAGAGCUUGUUUCUUAGGGGUGAAAAAAGCGGUCCUGAUUUAGCUCGCAAAAAAAUGCCACACACAUUGUGUGCAAAGAGCAACCCCUAAAGGGCAGGGACGAGACGAAGCCGGAAAAUGGCCUCCUUAGCUUGAGGAACGUCACAAUUCCUGCUUUUAAAACCUAUUUAAAGCCAUUUGAGAUGAGUCUGAACUGAGAACUGACAAGUCGAGUUCUUCAGAAGCCCUUUUUGAAAUGGGGUGAAAUGUUCUCUUCAACUU